CUGGGUUGAGAAGGAGGCUGCUCGUCACUUUUCCGCCACUUGGGUGAAGAGAGACCGAGAGGCCGAGAGAGCGGCCCCCUUCAAGCUCUUCACUCCUACCCCGAGCUCUUGUGUCGGCAACUGCUGCUUUCAACUCCUUCUCCCUGCAUGUGCUGUGCCUGUGCCAAGUGAGAGGUGUUUGUUUGUUGGGAGAGAGAACCUGCAAAAGCCUCGACUUUUCUUGUCGAGCUAAAAAAAAAGGUUUCAACUGAAUCGUCCUACUCUUCUCCUCCCUCGUUCUCUCGGUCGGCAACACUGUGUACGUAAUACUCAAAUUCGAUUGGACACGGUUGAAAGAGAAGACUGUUAUUUAGCGCAUGCGCAUUGGAAAGACAAGACAGGACAGUGUAUUUUUAUUUUAAUUUUUUUCUUCUGGCGGCUGGGAAGUUUUCAAGACCGUUGGUGUGUGUGUUACAGGACAUACGACUCUACACAGGACAGUGGUUAAUUGUCCAGAGGGGGGCUCCGCGCGGUGCGCGCGUGAAUCACCUGCGUUCUGAUUGGUGAUUUUCCCACUCCUGCGGAUGACAGAGACAAGGAGUAACAGUUGAGAGACCAGGCUGGAAUUGAUUUGCAUGCGCGCCGCUCGGCCGAAAUGGGUUAAAGUUGCCUUGUCCACCACAUUCUGAAGAGAAAGACAAAAAUAUCCUUCGAGAAAGGGCGCCAACAAGACCAGGACCAGGACUGUGGAUGCCCUUCAAGAAUAAAAAUGGAGGGCAAGAGAAUUUAAUAUCCAGGGUCAUCACCAGAAAUCAGCGCUGACUCAUACGGCGUUCUUGAAGAUUGUUGGUUCAGGACGGACAAAGAAGUGUCAGCAGCAACCUGCGAAGGCAGACAACCAGCGACACAAGCAUUUGACAGGUUAACCACUUCGCUGUCAUACACGCGACUCCAGGUCCCUCCUGAGGAUCUGGAAAGCCAGACCGUCUGAGAAUCUAACUCCAUCUACAGACACGACACAGACAUCCGACAGGAAAACAGUAGAAAGUGUAGAUGACUCUUUACCCUGCUGACCUCUGACUCCAUCACCUGGGUAGCACUUGGCUUUGUCCUCGGAAAGGCCGUGCGAAAAGACAGUCCCGAGGUUUGGAUCCUUCCAUGGCGUCUUGAUAACGAGGACCAGUCAUGUGACAAGGAGGAUUCCGGUCAUAUUUGAUUGGCGUGACUGCGUUGUCCUGGUGACAAGAAACAUUUCGCCAUCGCGAGCCUCUGAUAGAAGGACUGUGUUUACAGUUUCACCAAACCAGCGGAUUUAGUCAAGGUGAAAUACGUCAAGGGAGGUAAACUUGAAUUUAAAUUCCUGAUUCCGGUGUUCACAAACCUCGAGACACACAAAAUUCAUCCUUUGAAUCUUUCCUCCGGGGUUUUAUUUUUCCAGGCUGGUUUCUUGGUUUGUCCGAGAGGAUUCAGCGAAGCCAAACAGAAGAAAGGGUGGGAGGAGAAAACUAGAAGAACAAAAGAAGAGAGAGAUAAAAAAAAAGAAAAAGAAGAAGAAGCAAAGUCUGAGAUUGUUCUCAGUUCCCGAAGACCGAGGUCACGAAAACUUGUGGACGCAAGCCACUUAGGGCUAAAAGGUUUCUCGGAACUCAUCUCUGGCCUCGGUCACAACAAAAGGCGGCGGUGUGAAGGAACAAGAGAAAGUACCGUGCGGCUCCGAGACCUGGGCUGUUGUGUCUGAGACAAUUCCAACGGUGCCGGACCAGCAGCAGAAAGGCGUCUUGUGCCAUCAGAACGGUGCACGAGCCCCGGCCCUGACUGGCGCAGGGUGAGCAAGCGAGAGAGAGAGAAGGGGGAGUAGAGAGAACGAGGGGAGGAAAGAGAGAGAAAGAGAAGAAGAGCCAGCCAGCAGACGAGAGGGCGAGAAAACGCGAGAAGAGAGGAGAAGAGAGAGACACACGCGCGCACAGACGAGAGGAGGCAAAGGGCGGACUACUGGCUAUCGACGUCGGGCGAGCGAGCGCGCGCGCCCAGCGCACAACGCAAACGGCUCCCUUGCCCACCCAGCCACUCACAUUGCCACCCCGCCUCGCUGUUCCUCCUCUCCCUCCCUGCCUCGCUCGCGCUGGCCUUGUCAUCUUGUUGGCUGCCGCAGUCCGCGAAAACCACUGGAGGUAUCGGUAGCUGGCAAGACUGUGGCUGCACCGCUACCCUGCCCAUAGCCGUCCUGCUAGGGAGGAGAGAGCUGUGCUUGUGUAUCCUCCUCCUCCUCUUGCCGUGGUGUUGUGUCCCCCACACACACACUCACACUUUCCUUCUCUCUCUCCACACCACCGUCCCUCCGCCCACUUUCUCUGUGCAACCAGGAGGUCGUGUCCUGCCCUCCCGAUGGCUGGUCAGCCGUGGAGGUUAUCAUAAAAGGUCUUCACCGUCGGGGGUGUGAGUGUGUAUGAUCAGAGGAGUACUUCUACUACUACAACAACUACAACUACGCACCCGAAGGACCCGAGCCGCGGGCACAACAAGAUGACAAGAGUGUGUUUUCUUUUGUGAAGGAGAGACUGGUUCGGGUGGAGGUCAGUCAACCGCGACCGGGAGUUGUGUAACUCGGGGAUAGAGCCGAGAAUACGCGGAUUCUGAAAGUGCGUGCCGAGGGAGCACACGGUCACAACAGCCGUCACGCAUCAUUGACCCAAGCAGGAGUGAGUGAGCGUGUGCAACACAGUGUGGAUACAGCGGCCUCACCACUCCUAUCCUUCGUGUUUUUCUUCAGUCUCUCCGAGUGAUAACAGAAAACAAGUGAGCAAUCGUGGAUAUUUUUUUUUAAUGUGUCUGUGCUCGUACUAGGAUCUGAAUAUUUGAACUCCUGUCCUGGAAGGUCAGCGACAUUGUGGUGAGUCGUGGUUGUAGUCGCUGGUGGAGCAGGACACCAUUGUCGCCGACCUCCGAGGGGCGGAAGAGACGAAGACAGGGAUGUUGUAGCCACGAGGACUAUUGAUUGAGUACUGCUGAAUAUUGAAACCAUUUUUGUGAAAUAUAGGGCUAGUCCGUCCACGGCCUGUGCUUAGUUAGCCCUACAACCACAGUUACAACCGAGCUUCCAACCGAAAAAAGACAACAGGCGAGACUCGUCCACCGUCAAAAUAAAAGGGACCAGGAUCUUUUUGUGGCUUCCAGAGAGUUUCGUCUCCUCCCCUCAGUUUAAACUCUAAUUACUCUUCAUCUUUUCUCUCCUUCCAGGAGGGUCCUGGAUGGUUUUGUUUACCACUGCGUACCGUGAUUGUGGGAUUUUUUCCUUGUGUUUGUUUUGGAGGCAGACAGGAGCGAAGAGGUGUGAUAACAAUGAAUAAACUGUUAUAAAAAAUACUAGUACUGAACUCGUGUGGAUACUUGCUGCCUACACCAAAGUUCUACGACCUUUGAUCGGAGUAUACGUGUACAAAGUGUACAGAAGUGUUGGGGUCAGAGGCUGCUUUUGGAGUUUACUUAUAUAUCGAAACACAGCUUGACAUCAAAGAUAAGCUUUGUCAGCUGCUGUGUAUGGAGUUGUCUGCCGGUUAGAGUUACUACCACAUACAACGAACGGAAGAACAGGACAAAAUUGUGGAAGAGGUGUACCGCGGACUUCACACCUAAGGCUGGGAUACUUUGCCUUCAGCGCCCGGACGUCAGUCAAGCGUCACGUGACCGCCCAUGCGUGGCUUCCCGGUGAAGGAGCAUGAAGGAUGAGUGGGUGGCGGCCAAGGAUUUACCCCCGACCGGCCGGCGCUGGUGCUGGUGGCGUCGUCGCGGUUACCACAGUGGCUAUCGUCCUCAUCGUCGGCGUCGUUCUUAGUGCUGCAGUGAGAGUCGUGGCGACAGAAGGUGACCUGCCCAACCCUCGCAUCGUGGAACACCCCACGGACGACUACGUGGCCAAGAACGAGCCGGCCAAGCUCAACUGCAAGGCGGAGGGGGAUCCCCCUCCCACGAUCACGUGGUACCGCAAUGGCGAGCGCGUGCUGACGGCGGCUGACAGCCCGUCCUCCCACCGCAUGCUCCUCAACAGCGGCCAGCUCUUCUUCCUGCGCAUCAUCCACAACAAGAACGCCAAGCCCGACGUGGGCGUCUACUACUGCAACGCCACCAACAUCCACGGCAGCGCCAUCAGCAACAACGCCACACUGCAACUGGCAGUUUUGCGAGAUGACUUCAGAGAAAAUCCAGAACCUGUUACUGUGGCAGCCGGGGAUUCGGCAGCCUUUCACUGCAAGCCUCCACGUGGUGAGCCUGAACCAAAGGUCCUGUGGAGAAAAAGUGGGACACCCGUUGCUGCUGGCGGGCGCAUCACUGCUACUGAUGAGGGAGACCUCCUUAUCUCUUCAGUUCAGGUGACAGAUGCAGGUGACUACACCUGUCUGGCACUCAACAAGGGUGGAGAGAGGGAGAGUGUUCCAGCUACCCUCACAGUACUGGAGAAACCUACAUUCCGCCAGGCACCUGACGAUGUGUUAGCAACAGAAGAUGAUACAGUGGAACUCAAAUGCAGUGCCACUGGAGACCCACGACCCACCAUUCAGUGGCAAAAAGAAGAUGGGAGAAUUCCAUUUGGACGAGCGAGACAACUGGAUGAUGGGACGUUGUGGAUUGAGAAAGUGCAAGUAUCUGAUGACGGGAUAUAUGUGUGUAUGGCUGAGAAUGUUGCUGGCACAGCCAAAGCAGUGGGUCGACUCACUGUUCACACAAUGCCAUCUUUCUUGAUCAAACCAUCCAAUCUGAUUGUGGGUAAAGGCAGGACAGCAACUUUGCAGUGUGUUGUCACGGGCAACCCUCCUCCCACAGUCUUUUGGAGCAAGGGGAAGGAGCAGCACCUGAUGUUCCCAAACCAGGAGAAUGGGAGAUUUUCUGUGUCAGAAGAUGGGACAUUCCGGAUCCGAGAUGUGGAGUACCAGGAUGAAGGCCAGUACGUCUGCCAGGCACUUAAUGUGCUCGGGAGUGAAAAGGCAACAGCGACUAUUGAAGUCAGAGAUGACGAUACAAGGCCCCCGCCUAUCAUCAUCAUGGGUCCACAGAAUCAGACUUUAGAGCUCAAGGAAGUGGCUAUGCUGCCAUGCCAGGCCACAGGUGACCCUCCACCAGUUAUCCGCUGGUACAAGGAUGAUAGACCUUUGCUUGGGGAUGACCCACGUAUAACAAUAUUGAAUUCUGGAACUCUGCAGAUUUCAGAUGUUCGAACAACCGACACCGCAGUUUAUACCUGUAAAGCCAUUAGUGAGACUGGUGAAACAUCAUGGAAAGCCAGUCUGACUGCUGCAAAGCAAGGACCAUUCUAUAGGACCCCCAAACCAUCAGCUUUUCCAGGUCCACCAUCAAAGGUUAUGGUGCGUGACAUCACAGACACAUCAGUACAUUUAUCCUGGCAGCCUAAUCAAGUUGUGGGAAAGUCCCCAGUUUUCAAUUACAUCGUUGAAUACUUCAGCCAUGAGACUCCUGAGGGUUGGGUGAGGGCAUCAGAAUCUGUACCAAGAGAAAGCUACACGGUCCGCAACCUUAAGCCAGAAACUACUUAUGUUUUCAUCGUGCGGGCACAGAACUCUUUUGGACUUAGCGAACCGAGUCCUGUAUCGGAUUCAGUUGAAACCCGAGAACGGCGGACAAGCUUUGCCAUCAACAUGCCUCGCGAAGAGAUAGAAAAGGAACUCGGUGGUAUUGUAGUGGAGAUCCGUAAAGGAGAAGCAGUUAACUCCAGUGUCAUCCAGGUUGAAUGGGAGGUGGUGAAAGGCAUGGCAACAAUAGAAGGUUUUAUCGUCAAUUACACCCAUAUUCAGGACAUGCAGACCAAGUCAUAUGGGGAAAACCUGUCCCUUCAAGUUGCAGACCCUUACAAAACAAGUGUGCAGAUCCCAGGCUUGCGCAGUUAUGCCUGGUAUGAGAUCUGUAUCCUUGCUUACGCACGGGAUGUUCGAAGUCAGUGCAGCACAAGUAUAAAAGUAUCAACUAAAGAGUCAGUGUCAUCAUCCCCUCCAGAAAACAUUGUUAUCCAUAAGGAAGAUGACACAAUCCAUAUUCGCUGGUCGCCUCCACCCAAAUCACAACAGAAUGGUGACAUUAAAGGGUAUGAGGUAUACUGUAUGGACGAUGAUAAGAAACACAACUGCAGCCUCUCAGCAGAUGACACCACGAGCAGCGUGAGAAUACAGAAUGUGGAUGGAGAGAGAACUUACAGAAUACGACUCGCUGCACGCACAGGAAAAGGUGUUGGCGUUUGGAGCAAAACAUUUGUUAUUGGUCCAGAACAAACUAACAUAAUGAAGGAGCCUUGGUUCAUUGGCAUGCUGAUUAGCACCAUUGGAGGCACCCUAUGGCUCGCUCUCUGCAUCUUCAGCAUCUGGCUUUGUCGCAAGCGCAAAAACAAGAAAAAGAUGGCACAAAAUGGCAUGUACAGUGCGGUACCAGUGCAUAAAUCAGAUGACAGUCGGUCUGGCAUGGGGCUUUCACGAGAUGAUGCCAUGUAUUCUCAGAAAGAUCCGCUUGGAGGCUUGUCAGCAUAUGGUGCUGCCAUCAACUCCGAUCUAACAAGCCUUCUGGACCUAGGGCCCACCAAGGACAUGGAUGGAGGCUCCGGCAUGCCGGGUGGCAUGUACAGUGUGGCUGGUGCUGGUACUCUGCUACCCCAGAUGAAGACAUUUUACCAGAAGCCUUCAUCAGCAACCAUGUCUGUGGCUCCAUAUGCAACAACCACGCUGAUCAACACUUGUGGAAGCAGCAUUGGUGGCAGCAUGCAGGGAAAGUCCCUACAACCUUCUUGUAUGGAUGCCACAUUCCGACCGAUAAACCAUGCCUACGUUCACAGCAGUGCCAGUGGGUCAGGUGACAGUUGUCCAAAGCCUGAUAUGCGCUCUAGUGACUCAAAUACCGACAAUAGUCGACCAAACACAGGGUGCCCACAUGACAUCCUUGAUGGUCUUGUAAGCCCCAGCAGUGACAGCAGCAGCCUCACCACUGAUGAAAAUGGAAUGCCCAUCCGCCGCUCCAUCAAGGGAAGCAAGCAGGUGUGUCCCGCCCCUGGCAAGCAGCCAAUGGUCAACUGGGCAGAGUUGCUGCCCCCACCUCCUGAGCACCCACCACCAAGUGAUGUGGGAUCACCAACAGACUCACCCAUGAAUUCUCUUCAGCGUCACCCACAAGCAUGUGAGGCGCAGCGUCUAGACAACAAUCGCAGUCCAAUUUCACCCGUCUCCAAGAUAUCAGCAUGUUCGUGCCCCGUUCCUCACGAAUCCAUGGUGCACAACAUGCGAGGGAUGCCUUGCUACUCUGAUACAGAAUACACUGGUGGCCCGCCGCAUGGUUCCAGAUACCCAGACUAUCGCCCCUAUUCCCCGAAACAGCUUAACAUGAAGACUCAGUCCGCCAUGGUGCAGGGGGCCGGGGGAGGCAGUGUGCGAGUUGGGGUGGGUGCCCCUGGUGUUCAUGGGAUGCACCUAUGCCACAUGUGCCCCCAGCCCAACUAUGUGCCAACCAACGCUGGAGGUGCUGGGCAGGGUAUGGAUACCAUGAUGUGCCCCCACCACCACUCCUACCACAGUGACUUGGACCAUUUUGGUCCACGGCCCACCGGUGGGCCGGUCUCUCUUCAUGGCUACCGAAUGCCGCCUUUGGAAGGAGGCAUGGGUGGUGCAGACCCUCGCAUGCUAAUGAGUGAUUCCGAAAGCAUGGGAAGGCACAUGCACAUGUACCAAGGUGGUGGAGGGGGAAUGGGAGAGGGACCCCUCAUGGACCGCGCCUGCCAGUCCUCACUGCCUAGCCUGGCCAACGAAUGCAUUCACUCACCUGGCUACCGCAGCAGCAGAAAUGCAGAGUCGCCUGUGUCGGAGGGGCUGCCUGACUAUGCUGGGGAGUCUGACCUGGAUGCUGCACGAACCACUGACUGCCCAACACCUGAGUCCAGUGUCAAUGGGGAGGGUGAUGGAAGUGUUUCAGGUUCCAUGCUGGCUGAUUGGUCAGGCCAGGGUAGUGACUCAGCGGCUGUAGAGACCAGUAGCGUUAAGUCCAGUGAAGACGGACAUGAAGCUGACGGCCAUUCUAGUGAUAGCUCUUUCCUGACAGACGCUGACUUUGCCAGCGCCUUGGCUCGUGCAGCGGAGCUUUCAGGCAUGACUGUUGUGGGUACAACAGUGACUGACCCCAAGGCUGCAGGCACAAAAAAGUACCGUAAGCACCGGUCUGCAACUUCAGCAGCUCGUCCCACCAGUCCAUACAGCACUGACAGCAACUUUAGUGCUGUGGUGCACAAACCAUACCCCAAAUCCGAAAGGAAAAAGCAACUACAGGAACAAGCUCGCAAAUAUGGGAGUCGUACAGGAACUGAGGCAGAAGCUGAAACAGAAAGCCAUGCAGCUCCCAGUCACUCCUUGUUUCACUACCCUUACUUCUCCAUUCCUGGUUCCACCUGCUCAUCUCCCAUGUCUGUACAUUUUGGUAACGGGGAAGUUGGACAUAUGAGGGGAGGCUACCCUUCUAUCAGGCAGGGUUCCCUUUCAGUGGGGUCAUGUUCUGGGGAGGAUGGGGAAGCUAUGAGUGGCUUUGGCAAUAGUGGUCAGGUUGGCAAGCCUGCAAGCCAGGGAUCAUUUUUGCCUAACGAUAUCCCAAUCGUGUAAACAACUGAAGACAAUAGGCCAGGAUAUUGCCAUACUUGGCAGACAAGGGAGCGUUAACAGCCACCAUUGGACAAGCUGUGGGAUCCUUUGGUGAAGCCUGUCAUGCUUUCUCACUGCAGUGUUUGUGUGACAACUUGUGACAUCAUGUUGAUGUUGCCACAUUGCGUGCACAGCAUUUUCCUCGGAUGCAUCAUUGAGAUCAGACUGCAAGUGGACUGCCUAAUGCCUGCUCUUGGAAUAAAAUUGUCGGGUUUGUAGUGCAGAUGCCAAGGAUUGUGCUUUUUUUUUCCCAACCCAAUGCUGGCUUCAUAGCACCUUAUGUUCAAAUUCAUUGCCAUCAGACAUUUGUCAUUGCACGAAGAACCAGUAAGGAGAACGAGUCUCGUGCAGCUGUGUGCUGAUGGCAUUCUGGAUAUAAAAAGUGAUCUUAAAUAUUAUCCACAUGGCUUCAUUUGAGGUUUUAACAGACAUUUUGUUAAAAGGAAUCCAUCUUGUCAGAAUUCAAAUACACUGGUCACAGGUGAUCAAAGACGUCCGUGUUCCCAAGCCUUUUAGGAAAUACUCUUUCUUUUGUCCAACAUUUAGCCGCUUCGUGUACUGUAGGCUAGUAGUGUCAUCAUACUAUUCUUAUGCUGGAAUCUGCAGGAUAGGAGGGGUAAGUGGAAGCCCCCAGUGUUUCCAGUACUAGUGGUGUGAAGCAAAGACAGCUUGCUUGCCUCAGGUUCUUCUAUGGUUUCUGUGAAAAAAAAAAUCUGUUCAAGCUGUCAAAGUAGGAAAAAAGUAGGCUGUUGAGGAUUAGAGGGUGCUGCUAACGUAGGUUAGAGUUCACCGUUGUCAGUAACUUGUGCUCGUGCAAAAGGUUUAGGGGAAGUGUGGCAUGCAGAUUAGACUUUGGUGGAUGUUUGCCUUUUGUAUGGAAUGUUUUUAGAGCUUCAAGCAGUGCUGGCUAUUGUUUUUGUCGUCCAAUAUCUGUGCAUUUCAGCGACUCUUCGGCUUGUGGAUUUGGAAGAGGAUGACUUAGUUCACAGAUGAUUUGGAAUAUAUUCUGAAUAGAUAACAAGCUAUCAGAAAUACUUCAGGAACUCAGAACUGCAUGGAGCAAGGCCUGCUGCCUCUUCCACAAGCCUAGCAUGUGGCCAACGAGUAGUCUUCAUCAAAAUGAUAAAACAAUAAGUCGAUUAGCUCCUUUUUUUUGAGCAAAGCCAUACAGUACACUCCAGAAACUAAUGAAGAGUUGCUUAGAUUUGCAUACACUGGAGGUAUGAAACGUGCACAUUUGAAUGCAGUGGUUAUAUUUUCCACUAUCACAUUUGUCUGCAGCUGCCCAUCAUCAAAAGGCUAUCCGCACAUUUGUGAAAUGCUACGACACUAAUCAUUGUGUGGAUGAGACUGGCCAGAAGGCUUGCAGUUCUAUGUGAUGAAGAGAGAGACAAGUCACAAAACUAAGUAACCAACUGUUGAGAACAGCGAAACAUAACGAGAAGUGCUAGCAAAUGUACUAUUGAAGGUUACAUCCCAAAGAGGACAGUGGCAAAAUGUGCCACGUCUAGAGGGAGGUUGCUUAGAAAAAUUUUGUUUUAUAUCUUAUUUUGUGCGAUUUAUUUAUUUUUUUGUUAAGCAUUCUGAUUCAAGGAUGCUUUUUACAUUAUUAUUAUUACGUGGCAAAUGUUAAUGUUUGCUUUCUUCCAAACUCAGAAUAUUUGAAAUUUGUGUUUAUUAAAAAAAUUGUGCAGAUAUUAUUUCAAGAGAUUUUAGUCAAACAUUUCUGUGAAUGGGGCUUAUUCUGACUUUGUCUUUUGGUGCCACUUACAUCAGUGAUAUUCCAGCAACAUGUAGUUUCAACGUUACAGGUCUGUCUGUGAUGUGGCAUAGUUCCAUACUUAUAUGCACAAAAUAGCUGCCACCAGCAAUGUUGCAUUAAUUUGCAAAGUAGAUACCAAGGGUUUUGCCUUAUGAGCAUCAAAUAAAAAAAGAAAAAAAGUGACAAAAUUGAACUGGUCAUGACAAUUGAAGUUGUGACAAUUGGUUGAAUUUGUGGAAGGGAUCCUCCCUCUAUCCCUUAUGUUCCCGGAUCUUGAUCUUGUGGACAGAGCUGUACCCAGGCAGCUGUGCUAGAGUGCUUCCCCAUCGAAACUUCAGCAGGUAGAGGUUGGCUUGACAAUGGUGCUUUAUUUUUUGUUUAAAAGUCUUGUUGUUUGUGCCACCCAAUGGCUGUACUGAGUUUAAAGUUCCUGGAUUUCCUGUAGUGGGGGAAGGGGAGUUAUUUUUGCUUUUUUUUAUAUUUUGUAUUUUCUUUUGCCUUUUUUUAAAAAAAAUGUCAAAUAUUUUCAUUUUUUGUUAAUUUAUGAAUGAUACUUUGCUGUGAUAAGCUGGCUGGCUUGACAUAGGCUUACAUGGUGGUAAAAGUUGUUUGUGAAAGCUUCAAGCUUCCUCUAUAUAUAUAUAUCAAACCAUUGAUGGAUGCAAGUACCCAGUACAUUCACUGAUCAUUUUCGUUAAUAUGCAUCACUAUGUGCUCGCAGGCAGGCACACGCUGGAAAGGGGGUACUAAAAACGUGUUCAUUUUUCAGUGUAAUUUUCUUCAUGUUGAUUGGAAAGAUGCAUUGAUUAAUCAUGACAAAGAUUCAAUGGGAAUGAGUGCAGUACAGAAGGCUGGGCGAAUGUGAUGUCUGGGUACGUCCAGAUCUUGUCAAAUUUGGAUGUGAAAUCUUCCUCUGCUCAUAAUUGGAAGACACUUGUUUGAAAUUUCUAAUUUUGAAAUCCAUGCCCAUUGUCUGAAAACCUGUUGAAUACGCUGGAGCUAGCUCACUAACAUACAGCAAGCUCAGAGUGCAAUUUGGCAUUGGCAAACCAUCGACAGGUAUCCUGAAAGAAUGGGGAGAACCCUGCAUGGUUUCUUAGCAUCAGUGAAGGGUACUCUGGCAUAAUUCUGUCAGAGAGGAGAUGGGGUAGAAGUGAGUGUGAUGCAGGUUAAAGUUCAUUCCAUAGAGGACAGGGACAUCAACCUAGUACAAUAGUGCAGAUAUCUGUAGUAGAAGGAGUGCCAACAUACGCUGCUUUUGUGUCGAACAAAAAAGAAAAAUGCAAAAAAGUUGUGCCAUAAUCUACUAAGAUUUUUGUUUUUUUUUCCUUGAUUUUAUGGCUUGGUUCCUUCUCCCUUCUUUUACUUACUAAAUCACUCAUUACACUGGAUUGCAUGAUUCCUUUUUUUUUAAUGACAACUUUUAAAACUUUUUCCAUUGUCUUUAUUCCUACUUUAGUUCCUGAAAACAUGUCACCACCUUUCAAGAUCACAAAAAUUUGCUUUAGUAGUAGUGGGGGUUGAGAGGAGAGAGCCACUUCUCUCAGCGACAGUUUAAUGGGCAUGGCCAGCCGAUUCCUGGGGAAAAUGAGGACAGGCUGCCGAUAAGGUUGCAGCUGCCAUUUUCUUUACAAAUCACAUUUAAAAAAAAUCUUUUCACUCACACCUCCAUACCCACUCCAAAAUAUAUGGUGUGGGCUAAAUCCACUAGUGCUUGCAUUUUUUACCAUACAGGUCCACAUGUGCACUGCUUAAGUUGUAAGUGCAGCAUUGUGCCUGUGAACUCGUGCAAAGGGAACAUGAACUUGAAUGUGUUAGUCUAGCUCCAGCUCAGGUGCAGGUCUUUGAAGUGGCACCAAUAAAUCUGUUCCCUAAUCUAUGGAGGUUGAUGAGAGAGAGAGCUUUUUUGAUUUUUGUUUUGUUUUGUUUUUUCAACUGAUUAUUUGAGAGCAUUUGCACCAUCCUGAGAGUCAUUUUUGUCACUUUUCAAGUUAACCAGUGUUCCUUCCAGAUCCAUUGGAUAGUCCGUCAUUCUUGCCAUAUUAUCUCCAACAUUACGCAAUGGGUUCCUCACAGUGUACAUAGUGUACAGAUGCAGUAACUGUAAUGACUGUAUUUGACAUUGCUGUUUGCAUUUUCACGCUAUUACUGGUCUGUUCGUUCUGUUGGGUCAACAAUGCAAUGAAGAAGAGAAAUUUUUUUUUUCUAAAAGGUCAGUCUUUAAAGCAGUAUGUUAGAAAUCCACACACACACAUGCAAAAUAAAUGUUCAUUUGGUGCAGGUCAGCAGGAACUAAAAGCAUAUGAGAACAAAAAAUACAGGAGACGAGAUCACAGGGAAGUGUGGUACAUGGACUGUAUAUCAUGCCAGUCUGUACAGCUUUACGAGCUGCACAUUGUGGGAAGCAUCUCCUGCUUCAAAGAAACUGCACCUGGGUGUGCUUGAUCUCUGUUGCCUAGUGCAGUGUUUGGGUCAGAACGAUUUCUCGCUAACCCAUUUGGAAACAAGCAUGAGGGUUACCUGAACAGUAAUGGGCCAGCACAAGAACUUUCCUUUUGACUGGCCACCAAGACGUGCUGAAGCAAUAUAAUUUUAUACAGUCAACAUUGUACAUAUGUGUACUGCAAUGUGUAUAAAGGAAUUUUAAGGGGCUAGGAAGGGAGGGGGUACUUUUUGUAUGUAUGUAUUUACAUAUUUAUUCCUGUGGUCUGUUUUACGUCGAUGUCCUAUUUGUGUUACCAGAUGGCGUACCUGUACAUAUGCAGUCCAUAUUACAAACUGAAUGGGUUUUUUGUGUUUUUUUUUUAAUUUUGUGUUUACUUCACUUGGUGGACUAAACUUUUGGGAAAGUGUUUUACUGUUCUUCAUACAAGCUGCCACAUACAUAGUGUGCUGUUGUUCUAGCCAAUUUUCAUGUUCAAGCUGAAUACUGGUAGACUUAUGCAAUUGUCUGAUCUUUUUCCUUCCAUCAUUUACUGCAGACCCUUCCCUUAAACCCUCCCCUAAAUGCCUCCCAACCCCACUGAAAAUUCCUCCCCGGCAGUGGGCUGUUGGGUGAAUCCUCACCACUCCACUCCUCCUUCAAUUGUCUAAUUUCAUGGAAGGUGGUGACCUGUUGUGGCUAACUGCAACAUUCAUUAAUAUCAAUAAUUAAUGUGAUCACCACAAGGUUCAAGCCUUUACUAUGUGGAAGUCAUCAUUUUAUUUGUAUCUAAUGGUCCUAGUGUGAACACAGGCAUAAUGGUUUCAAGUUCUUUAGUUAACCUAAGAAAUAUUUGCCAGGAUAUAAGCGAUUACAGUAUGGCUACAUAAAAAAGUGUCAUCAGAGACAUGGAGUUUUGUAAUGUUAUUCUGAAUUACAUAAACUUUAAAAUGAGAUUGAAAUGUAUACAUGUAUUGAUGCAAAUGGAGAGAGACAAAUUUGGGCCUGAUGUAUCUAGAGACUUAUCUCUAAGAAUAUAUUGUAAUACUUGUUAAGAAAGUUUGGGUCUAUCCCAAGCACAAACCAUUCAGAGAUUUCAUUAUCUUUUUGAAAUGAGAAUGAAACUUUUUGGCACAACAAAAAGUGGUCUGUUUCACCCCCACCCUCAGACCCCAAGAAAACAUCUUGAAAACGAUAACCCAGAUGUUAAAGAAGACAGCAGUUCUCUCGUUGAUAAUAGGCGAACUGUGUUAGCAGCUCAAUCAAAAAUAAAAAUUAAUUAUAAAGUUGUUAUUUGUCUGAAGAAAAGUGUAUGACAGCUAUAUCUGACAGGGCAAUCAGAUUGUCUUUAUGUGGUCGUCUGAAUUUUGCACCUCACAAUUACAUUUUUUUUUCAAAUUUUCAAAUGUAUAGAUAAUAUUUAAAUUCAGCUUACUUCAGUAAAUAUAGCAUUUCAUGUGAACCUCUGAUUGUAAUGUUAAGGGAAGGACACUGGAGCCUGGUAACUGUUUAAAUUUUCAGGUAAGAUCCUUUCCCCUUUUGUUUUAGCAUCCAGCUUUUGGCCGUUCUGUUAUAUGCAGACUUAGUCUAGAUUUCAAAUUACGCCAGUUGAGGUGGUUAUUAAGUACGUAUGUCUGUAUGUAUGCAAUGGUUGUACCCCGUGGAAGUCAGGCAAUAUUAAUGAGGUGAGAAGCACGUUACAAAAAAUUUGAAUGUUUUAUGUGGAUCUAGAACAAGUAAACAUUACAAACUGGU